AUGGCAGAAAACAGGGGCCAGACCUACUACGAGUUCUACCGCGGGUCCAGCAUCGGGACCGCGCUGACCGACUCGCUCGAUGAGCUGAUCACAUCUGGCGACAUUCCGCCGCAGCUCUUUGACAAGUCGUUGACCGAGUGUAUGCAGAAGGGCGUCAAGCAGAAGACGACUGUCAAGGGCCACCUCUCUACGUACAACCUCUGUAACGACGUGUGGACGUUUGUGGUCAAGGACCCGCAGUUCCGCAUGGAGGGUACGGGAUCUUCUCAUUCCGGCGAGCUUGUUACGGCGCCCAAGAUCAAGAUUGUUGCCUGCAAGAGCGGUGACGCGACCGACGGCCGCAGGGGCCACUAA